GGGAGUUAUUUUAAUACUAAACGAAAAUUAUUUUAGGACCAGUCGGUGCCUGAUGGAGGUACCACAUACUCUUUAAUAAAAUAUAAUUCGGAUAUAUCUCCAUGGUUUUAAUUUAACAGUAAAAGUGAAACCAAACGACACGAUUUAAGUGAUCCUCCAAAAAAAUUGAAUUAUGGCGGAAGCCGAAGGAGGCUCCGAGCAGGAUGAUGUUUCAUUCUUGCGCACGGAAGACAUGGUAUGUCUUUCGUGCACAGCCACAGGAGAAAGAGUAUGUUUAGCUGCUGAAGGAUUUGGUAAUCGGCACUGUUUCCUUGAAAAUAUAGCAGAUAAAAAUAUUCCACCGGAUCUAUCUCAAUGCGUCUUUGUGAUAGAGCAGGCCUUGUCGGUGCGAGCCUUGCAGGAGCUGGUUACGGCGGCCGGAAGCGCAACGGGAAAAGGUACUGGUUCCGGCCACAGAACACUUCUCUAUGGCAAUGCUAUACUUCUUCGACAUCAAAACAGUGACAUGCAUUUAGCAUGUCUUUCAACAAGUUCGUCAAAUGAUAAAUUAUCAUUCGAUGUCGGUUUGCAAGAACAUUCCAAGGGUGAAGCUUGUUGGUGGACCGUUCAUCCAGCGAGCAAACAAAGAUCUGAAGGUGAAAAAGUGCGUGUUGGUGACGACUUAAUUUUGGUAUCUGUAGCAACUGAACGUUACUUGCACACAACAAAAGAAAACGACCUUUCAGUUGUCAACGCCAGUUUCCAUGUUACCCACUGGUCAGUCCAGCCUUAUGGAACCGGUAUCAGUAAAAUGAAAUAUGUUGGAUAUGUUUUCGGAGGAGAUGUCCUUAGAUUCUUUCAUGGUGGUGACGAGUGCCUGACCAUACCGUCAACAUGGAGCGAAACCUUGGGCCAAAACAUUGUGGUCUACGAAGGUGGUUCUGUGAUGAGUCAGGCCAGAAGUUUGUGGCGGUUGGAAUUGGCCCGAACAAAAUGGGCUGGUGGUUUCAUAAAUUGGUACCAUCCUAUGAGAAUCAGACAUAUCACUACUGGCAGAUAUCUAGGAGUUAAUGAAAACAAUGAACUGUAUUUAGUCAGAAGAGAAGAGGCCACCACAGCAUCGACUGCGUUUUGUUUACGCCAAGAAAAAGAUGACCAAAAAGUUGUUCUUGAAGACAAGGAUCUUGAAGUUAUAGGAUCUCCUAUUAUAAAGUAUGGUGAUUCUACAGUAAUUAUGCAACAUUCUGAAAGCGGUUUGUGGUUGUCUUACAAGAGUUAUGAAACCAAAAAGAAAGGUGUUGGAAAGGUUGAAGAAAAACAAGCAAUCUUACACGAAGAAGGUAAAAUGGACGAUGGCCUAGAUUUCUCAAGAUCUCAGGAGGAGGAAUCCAGGACAGCGAGAGUUAUCAGAAAAUGUUCCAGUUUGUUCACGAAAUUCAUAAAUGGUUUGGAAACAUUACAAACAAAUCGAAGGCAUUCUUUGUUUUUUGCUUCUGUCAAUCUUAGUGAAAUGGUUAUGUGUCUUGAAGAUUUGAUCAAUUAUUUUGCCCAACCUGAUGAAGAAAUGGAGCAUGAAGAAAAACAGAACAGGUUCCGUGCUUUGAGAAAUAGACAAGACUUGUUCCAAGAAGAGGGAAUAUUAAAUUUAAUUUUAGAAGCUAUUGAUAAAAUAAACGUAAUAACAUCACAAGGAUUCUUGGCAGGAUUUUUAGCCGGCGACGAUGCUGGCCAAUCUUGGGAAAUGAUUUCUGGAUAUUUGUACCAACUGUUGGCCGCAAUUAUAAAAGGAAACCACACAAAUUGUGCUCAAUUUGCCAAUUCAAAUCGUCUAAAUUGGUUAUUUUCACGUUUGGGGUCUCAGGCGUCAUCUGAGGGCACUGGAAUGUUGGAUGUAUUGCAUUGUGUCCUUAUUGAUUCGCCAGAAGCUUUGAAUAUGAUGAGGGACGAGCACAUCAAGGUAAUAAUUUCGCUUUUGGAGAAACACGGUCGCGACCCUAAGGUCUUGGAUGUAUUAUGUUCCCUAUGUGUGGGUAACGGAGUUGCAGUACGUUCUUCACAAAACAACAUUUGCGACUUUCUUCUACCUGGAAAAAACCUGUUGCUUCAGACACAACUAGUUGAUCAUGUAGCCAGUAUUCGACCAAACAUUUUUGUUGGAAAAGUUGAAGGUUCAGCAGUAUACCAGAAAUGGUAUUUUGAAGUUACAAUGGACCACUUGGAACAAACAACCCAUAUGAUGCCACAUUUGCGAAUUGGAUGGGCAAACACUACCGGUUACGUCCCUUAUCCUGGAGGUGGUGAAAAAUGGGGAGGAAAUGGCGUAGGUGAUGAUUUGUACUCCUUUGGUUUCGAUGGUGCAUAUUUAUGGACGGGUGGAAGAAAAUCUUUGGUUCUUCCCGGAGCCGAAGAACCCUAUAUCAGGAAAGGUGAUGUGGUGGGAUGUGCUUUAGAUUUAAGCAUACCUUUGAUUACUUUUACAAUGAACGGAGUGAGGAUUCAUGGUAGCUUCACCGAUUUUAAUUUGGACGGCAUGUUCCAUCCAGUUAUGAGCUGUUCCUCUAAAUUAAGUUGUCGUUUUCUCCUCGGCGGUGACCACGGUCGUCUUAAAUACGCGCCACCUGAAGGUUUCUCUCCACUGGUAGAAUGCCUACAACCGCAACAAAUUUUGAGUUUAGAUCCAUGCUUUUAUUUCGGAAAUCUCAACAAAAGCGUUUUGGCAGGACCUUGGUUGGUUGAAGAUGACACUGCGUUUGUUCCCAAGCCAGUGGACACUACAUCGGUUACUAUGCCCAGUUAUGUAGAAACAAUUCGUGAUAAAUUGGCAGAGAAUAUCCAUGAAAUGUGGGCUUUGAAUAAGGUAGAAUCAGGCUGGUGCUGGGGUGAACGAAGGGAUGAUGUCCACAAAAUUCAUCCAUGUUUGACUCAAUUUGAUAAUUUGCCUGCUGCUGAGAAAAAAUAUGAUUCACAAUUAGCAAUUCAAACACUCAAAACUAUCAUUGCUUUGGGUUAUUACAUAUCUAUGGACAAACCACCAGCAAGAAUCCGUCAAAUACGUUUGCCCAACGAACCUUUUCUUCAAGCUAAUGGAUAUAAGCCAGCACCAUUAGAUUUGAGUGCUGUUACACUGACACCAAAAAUGGAUGAAUUAGUAGACCAGCUUGCAGAAAACACUCAUAACUUGUGGGCUAAGGAAAGAAUACAACAAGGAUGGACUUAUGGCUUAAAUGAGGAUUCAGACAAUUUAAGAAGUCCUCAUUUGGUGCCUUACGCAAAAGUUGAUGAAGCCAUCAAAAAGGCUAAUAGAGAUACUGCUUCGGAAACUGUAAGGACAUUAUUGGUGUAUGGUUAUAAUUUAGAGCCACCUCAAGGAGAAGCCAAUGAAGCUUUAUUAGCAGAAGCACAUCGUUUGCGCCAUUCAGGAUUUAGAACUUACCGUGUUGAAAAAACUUAUGCAGUCACUAGCGGAAAAUGGUAUUUUGAGUUUGAAAUUCUAACUGCUGGUCCAAUGAGAGUGGGCUGGGCAAGAUCGGAUUGUCCACCAGGACAAAUGCUUGGUCAGGAUGAAUAUACCUGGGCAUUCGAUGGUUAUAAUAUUACGAAGGAGCACGCUGGUAUUAGCGAAUCUUUCGGACAUAAGUAUCUUGUUGGAGAUAUUGUGGGAUGUUUUCUGGACUUAAACGAUUCGAUUAUUAGUUUUUCUUUAAAUGGAGAAUUAUUAAUGGAUGCUUUGGGUGGUGAGACCUCAUUUGCAGAUGUCCAAGGAGAAGGUUUUGUGCCAGCUUGUACUUUAAGUGUUGGCCAAAAAGCCAGAUUAUGUUAUGGCCAAGAUGUGGACCAACUUAAAUUCUUUACUACUUGUGGGCUGCAGGAAGGUUAUGAACCGUUCUGUGUGAAUAUGAAACGUGCAGUCACAUAUUGGUACACGAAGGACCAACCCAUAUUCGAAAAUACUGAUGAUAUAUCUGACACCAAAAUCGAUGUAACUCGUAUACCAGCUGGAUCAGACACACCACCUUGUUUGAAGAUUUCACACAACACUUUUGAAACUAUGGAGAAAGCUAAUUGGGAGUUUUUGAGGCUAUCUUUGCCUGUAACUUGCCAAUCCGCAUUCAUACCUGAGAGUGAGAAAAUUAGGAGAUGGCAAGAAAUCCGUAUCAGACAACAUAGAUUAAUGGCAGAAGUCGAUAGCAAUACCACGCCUGCUCAUCUGGAACAGAUCAUGAAGAGUGGUUUUACCAUGAAUGACAUCAAAGGUAUUUCUCGUAACUAUGAAGAGGAAGGCGUCGAGUCUGAUGAGAUGAUGAGAACAAGUCCAGCUCGGCCUCCAAGAAAAGGUUCACUUUCUAGACCAGGACCUGCAUAUGAUCCUCAAGGAGGUCUAAACGUUAAUGGCAAAAUGAAACGAUCAACUAGUGAACUUGAAAUGAAUGCAGAUGAUAAAAAGAAAAGGGGACGCUCUCCAUUUAGAUUUUUCUCUCGUAAAAACAGAGAUCAAAGUGGCGAAAGAUCAAAAUCCAAGGCAAGGACACCUGAACCUGUCGCAAUGGCUGAUAGAAAGCCAAUUGGUGCGCAGAGCAACUUGCUUGCCAGAAUGCCAACAGUUCGAAUAUCACAGGGAGAUCUUAGAGGUCAGCCUCCAGCAACUGGUGGUCCCAAAGCUAUGUCUUUAGGAGUUGCAAGUACUGGAGUUGAAUCCAUUGGCAAUGAAGUUUAUGAUGCAGAAUGCUUAAAAUUGAUUAAUGAAUAUUUUUAUGGUGUCAGAAUUUAUCCUGGUCAAGAUCCUACUCAUGUAUAUGUUGGUUGGGUAACAACUCAAUACCAUCUACAUAGCAAAGAAUUCAAUCAGAGCAAAGUAAGGCGAGGCUCAGUAAUUAUUGAAGAUGAAUAUGAAAGAAUUAUAGAAAAUAUUGAAAGACAAAGUUGUUACAUGGUUCGUGCAGAUGAACUUUACAAUGAAGUCACUCAAGAUGCUUCAGGAAAAGGAGCUUCACAGGGUAUGUUUGUUGGUUGUUUCGUUGAUACGGCUACUGGCUGCAUCACCUUUACAUGUGAAGGAAAAGAAACUUCACACAAAUGGCAUAUGGAACCAGAAACUAAACUGUUCCCAGCUAUUUUUGUUGAAGCCACUUCCAAAGAUAUGCUGCAAAUUGAAUUGGGCAGAACUGCAACCACGUUGCCACUUUCGGCAGCCGUGUUGCCAACUGGUGACAAGCAUGCUAUUCCACAAUUUCCUCCUAGGUUGAAGGUUCAGUGUUUGAAGCCGCAUCAAUGGGCCAGGGUACCAAAUGUUUCAUUGCAUGUCCAUGCAUUGAAAUUGUCAGAUAUCAGAGGCUGGUCUAUGUUAUGUGAAGAUCCUGUAUCAAUGUUGGCUUUGCAUAUUCCUGAAGAAGAUCGAUGUAUCGAUAUUUUAGAAUUGAUUGAAAAUGAAAGAAUGCUUGGGUUCCAUGCACACACUUUAACUUUAUAUGCGGCGUUAUGUUAUCAAUCAAAUUAUCGUGCUGCACAUGCUCUCUGCAUUCACGUAGACCAAAAACAACUUUUGUAUGCCAUAAAAUCAGAAUAUAUGAGUGGACCACUUCGUCAAGGAUUCUACGACUUAUUGAUAGCCUUACAUUUAGAGUCACAUGCCACAACAAUGGAGGUGUGCAAAAAUGAAUAUAUUAUUCCUUUGGGUCCUGAACUAAGGGAGCUUUAUGAGGACACUGAUAUGAAACAUAGUUUAAGAUCGCUGAAGACCGAAUCUGUGAGACCACAAAUGAAAAUGACUGAUAUUUCAGACAAUAUACCACCAAUUAUGAAUCUGUAUUCGCCCUAUUUUCCAUUGAGUGUGGUUCGUGAAUUUGUGAUGACUGCUCUUGCAGAAGCCGUAGAAAUUAAUCAAGUCCACAACAGAGAUCCAAUUGGAGGCAGCAAUGAAAACCUCUUUCUACCUCUCUUGAAACUUACCGAUAGGUUACUUCUCGUCGGUAUGCUCACAGAUGAAGAUAUUGAGAAAUUGUUGAUAAUGAUUAAUCCUGAAACAUGGGAUCCAAACUUUGAAAAGGAUGGAAAGGAUGAACACCGAAAAGGUCUUCUACAUAUGAAGAUGGCUGAAGGAGCCAAACUUCAAAUGUGCUACCUUCUCCACCACUUGAAUGAUAUUCAACUGAGACAUCGUGUAGAAGCCAUAAUUGCUUUCGGCCACGAUUUUGUUGCCGAUUUGCAAGCUGAUCAACUUCGACGAUAUAUUGAUAUCAAAGCCAGUGACUUGCCCAGUGCGGUAGCUGCUAAGAAAACGAGAGAGUUCAGAUGUCCUCCACGAGAACAAAUGAAUGUUAUUCUUAGUUUUAAAAACCUGGAAGAAGAGGAUAAGGAAAACUGCCCUUGUGGUGAUGACCUAAGAGAAAGAAUGAAUACUUUCCAUGAGCAACUCAUGACACACGUGUCUUUGUCAGCAUUACAAGAACCUGAACCAGAGGAGCCUGCUGUGGAUGAAUCCAGGACUGGUAAAAUCAAGAAGCUAUUUAAUUUUAUCAAUACAGUCAAAGAUCUAGAAUUGGAAGAUCAACAACAGGAGGAAGAACCAGAGAAAAAAUCUCCUGAAGAAAUAUUUAGGAAGGUUCUUAUAUCAACAAUUGUAUCUUGGGCUGAGGAAUCUCAAAUUGAAACUCCAAAACUUGUACGAGAAAUGUUCAGUUUGUUAGUAAGACAGUACGAUUCAGUUGGUGAAUUAAUACGUGCUCUUGCUAAAACUUAUGUGAUAAAUGCCAAAACACGACAAGAUGUUGCAGAAAUGUGGGUCGGUUUGAGUCAAAUUCGUGCUCUUCUGCCAGUGCAAAUGAGUCAGGAGGAAGAAGAACUUAUGAGGACCAGACUCUGGAAACUUGUAAACAAUCACACUUUCUUCCAACAUCCUGAUUUAAUCAGAGUCCUUCGUGUCCAUGAAAACGUCAUGGCUGUGAUGAUGAACACUUUAGGCCGCAGAGCCCAAGCACAAAGUGAUGCACCUGCACAAGGUGCUGAAGGAGGAGAGGUCGCGGUCAAAGAAAAAGAUACGUCUCACGAAAUGGUUGUAGCUUGUUGUCGCUUCUUGUGCUACUUCUGCAGAACUGGUAGACAAAAUCAAAAGGCUAUGUUCGACCAUUUCGAUUUCUUAUUAGAAAAUUCAAAUAUUUUGUUAUCAAGACCAAGUCUUCGCGGCAGCACACCAUUGGAUGUUGCCUAUUCAAGUUUGAUGGAGAACACUGAACUGGCAUUGGCUUUGAGAGAGCAUUAUCUCGAGAAAAUUGCAAUAUAUUUGUCCCGAUGCGGUCUCCAAAGUAACUCAGAGUUGAUCGAAAAAGGUUAUCCAGAUCUGGGUUGGGAUCCAGUUGAGGGAGAACGUUAUUUGGAUUUCUUAAGAUUCUGUGUUUGGGUUAAUGGAGAAAGUGUAGAAGAAAACGCCAAUUUGGUCAUCAGAUUGCUGAUUCGUAGACCAGAAUGUUUAGGCCCAGCUUUGAGAGGAGAAGGUGAAGGUCUUUUACGUGCCAUCAUGGAUGCAAAUAAGAUGUCUGAGCGUAUAGCUGAUCGUAGAAAAAUGAUGGACGAAGCUGAAGGCACAAUCACAGGUCUUAGUUUUUCACAUCCAUUACCAGAAAGUGAUGAAGAUGAAGAUUAUAUCGAUACUGGUGCUGCUAUAUUAAACUUCUACUGUACUCUUGUUGAUUUACUUGGACGUUGUGCACCAGACACGGCUGUUAUCGAUCAGGGCAAAAAUGAAUCCCUUAGAGCGCGUGCUAUCUUGAGAUCUCUGGUACCUUUAGAAGAUUUGCAGGGAGUAUUAAGUUUGAAGUUUACUCUUCAAAAUCCAGCUGCUGGAGAAGAGAAACCCAAAUCAGACAUGCCAAGUGGUCUGAUUCCUGGUCAUAAACAAAGUGUUGUACUCUUCUUGGAAAGAGUAUACGGUAUAGAAACCCAAGAGUUGUUCUUCAGAUUAUUAGAAGAAGCUUUUCUUCCUGACCUGAGGGCAGCUACCAUGUUAGACAGGAAUGAUGGUUCAGAAAGUGACAUGGCUUUGUCUAUGAAUAGAUAUAUUGGCAACUCUAUUUUACCAUUACUGAUUCAGCAUUCCAAGUUUUAUGGUGAAGCAGAAAAUUACGCCAGUUUACUAGAUGCAACUUUACACACCGUUUAUAGAUUGUCUAAAAAUCGUAUGUUGACAAAAGGCCAACGUGAAGCAGUUUCUGACUUUUUGGUUGCUUUGACUUCUCAACUACAACCUGCAAUGUUACUGAAACUUUUAAGAAAACUUACUGUUGAUGUUUCAAAACUUUCUGAAUAUACAACUGUAGCCCUGAGGUUAUUGACUUUGCACUACGAUCGUUGUGCAAAGUAUUACGGAUCUACAAGUGGUCAAGGUGCCUAUGGAUCGUCUUCGGAUGAAGAAAAACGUCUUACUAUGAUGUUGUUCUCAAAUAUUUUCGAUUCUUUGAGUAAAAUGGACUACGAACCUGAACUUUUCGGAAAAGCUUUGCCUUGUCUUACAGCCAUCGGUUGUGCUUUGCCACCUGAUUACUCAUUAUCUAAAAAUUAUGACGAUGAAUUUUACGGAAAACCAACUGACACAUCAGGUGUUGACAACCCACAGUACAAUCCUCAACCCAUCAAUACAUCUUCUGUUAUUUUAAAUAAUGACUUGAACAGCAUAGUUCAGCAAUUUUCUGAACAUUACCAUGAUGCUUGGGCAUCUCGAAAAUUAGAAGGUGGCUGGGUUCAUGGUGAUAGUUGGUCGGAUUCACAAAAAAAUCAUCCACGAUUAAAGCCUUAUAAUAUGCUCAAUGACUAUGAAAAGGAAAGAUAUAAGGAGCCUGUACGUGAAUCUUUGAAAGCUUUACUUGCUAUUGGCUGGACUGUAGAGCAUUCAGAAGUAGAUAUUCCUCAUACUAGAGGUGGUUCUAUGCGUAGAUCAUCAAAAGCAGGCGAAAGUACAAAUACAUUCAAUUACAAUCCACAUCCAGUUGAUAUGACGAAUCUCACUUUAUCAAGAGAAAUGCAAAAUAUGGCUGAAAGAUUGGCAGAAAAUUCACAUGAUAUCUGGGCUAAGAAGAAACGUGAAGAACUAAUUACUUGUGGAGGUGGCAUUCAUCCUCAACUUGUGCCUUACGAUUUACUUACUGACAAGGAAAAGAGGAAAGACAGAGAAAGAUCCCAAGAAUUUUUGAAAUAUCUACAAUAUCAAGGAUACAAAUUGCAUAGGGCAUCUAGAGCAAAAGAAGGCGAUACUGAACAGACCACAGCUGCUGCUUCGAUUGAACUCCGUUUUGCAUAUUCUUUAUUGGAAAAACUUAUCCAAUAUUUGGAUCGUGCCACAAUCAACAUGAAAUUACUAAAACCGUCUUCAACAUUCAGCAGACGUUCCUCGUUCAAAACGAGCACAAGAGAUAUCAAAUUUUUCUCUAAAGUUGUUUUGCCUUUAAUGGAAAAAUAUUUCAGUACUCACAGGAACUAUUUUAUUGCUGUGGCUACUGCUACAAAUAAUGUUGGAGCAGCAAGUUUGAAGGAAAAAGAAAUGGUUGCAGCUCUGUUCUGUAAAUUGGCUAAUUUAUUAAGAACCCGUUUAUCAGCUUUUGGAGCCGAUGUAAGAAUAACCGUCAGAUGCCUUCAAGUCCUAGUAAAGGGAAUUGAUGCAAAGUCAUUGGUGAAAAACUGUCCUGAAUUUAUCAGAACUUCAAUGUUGACAUUCUUCAAUAACACAGCUGAUGAUUUAAGCCACACGAUUAGCAACUUGCAAGAUGGAAAAUAUAGUCAUCUUCGUGGUACUCACUUGAAAACAUCAACAUCAUUGUUUUAUGUGAACUCAGUUGUUCUUCCAGUUUUGACUGCAAUGUUUGAUCAUCUUGCAGCUUGUGAAUAUGGAACUGAUCUUUUAUUGGAUGAAAUCCAAGUAGCAAGUUACAAAAUCUUAGCAUCCUUAUAUACUUUGGGAACCGAUUUAACAUUGACCCAUGACAGAAAGUACUUGAAAACUGAACUUGAACGUCAUAAACCAGCUCUUGGAUCUUGUUUGGGAGCAUUUUCCUCCACUUUCCCAGUAGCAUUUCUGGAACCACAUGCUAAUAAACAUAAUCCACAUUCAUUGCUGAAUAGAAUUGCUGAUCAUUCAUUGGAAGCUCAAGAUAUCAUGGCGAAAAUGGAAACAUCCAUGCCAACGUUAGAAACAAUUCUGAAUGAAGUUGAUCAAUUUGUGGAAUCAAACAAGACAUAUUCGGAAGGCCAACAUGUAAUUGAUGUUAUACUGCCCUUGCUCUGCUCAUAUUUACCAUUUUGGUGGAACCAAGGACCAGACAACGUCAGUCCUACAGGAGGAAAUCAUGUAACGAUGGUCACAGCCGAUCAUAUGAACCAACUUCUGAAAAAUGUUUUGAAAUUGAUCAAGAAAAACAUCGGCAAUGAAUCAGCUCCAUGGAUGACAAGAAUUGCUACAUACACUCAACAAAUUAUUAUUAAUAGUUCAGAAGAAUUGUUAAAAGAUCCAUUUUUACCAUUGGCUGAACGUGUCAAAAAACGUACUGAUAAUAUGUUCCAUAAAGAAGAAAGUUUAAGGGGCUUCAUUAAGUCCUCCAGUGAUGAUACAUCUCAAAUCGAGGCUCAAAUCCAAGAAGAUUGGCAAUUGUUGGUUCGUGAUAUUUAUUCCUUCUACCCGUUACUCAUCAAAUAUGUAGAUCUACAGCGCAAUCAUUGGCUAAGAAAUAAUGUGCCUGAAGCUGAAGAAUUGUAUAACUACGUUUCAGAAAUCUUCAAUACAUGGUCAAAGAGUCAAUAUUUCUUGAAGGAGGAGCAGAAUUUUAUCAGUGCAAACGAAAUCGAUAAUAUGGUUUUGAUUAUGCCCACGGCCACUAGAAGAUCAGCUGCUAUAACUGAUGGAGCACCUCAAGGUGGUGGAAAGAAAAAGAAAAAGAACCGUGACAAAAAACGUGAUAAAGACAAAGAAGUACAAGCCAGCUUGAUGGUUGCUUGCCUUAAACGUCUUUUACCUGUUGGAUUGAAUUUGUUUGCUGGUCGUGAACAAGAAUUGGUACAACAUUGCAAAGACAGAUUCUUGAAAAAAAUGCCCGACGACCAAGUUUUUGACUUUGCCAAAACUCAGCUCACUCUUCCUGACAAAUUGGACCCAGCUGACGAAAUGUCUUGGCAACAUUAUUUGUAUUCCCAAUUAGGACAAAAGGACAAACAAUCUUUAGAAAUCCAGCACAAGCCUGAAGUUCACAAAAGUGGAGAGCCUGUUAAAUCGGCCAUAGAAGAAACAGUUGAUCGAAUUGUGGCUAUGGCGAAAGUACUGUACGGGCUGCACAUGAUCGAUCAUCCACAAACUCAAAGCAGAGGAGUCUAUCGUUCCGUCGUAUCAAUUCAGAGGAAACGUGCCGUCAUUGCUUGCUUUAGGCAAACUUCUUUGCACAGUCUUCCAAGGCAUCGUGCUUGUAACAUUUUUGCGAGAUCUUACUACGAAUUAUGGUUAGAAGAUGAAAACGUUGGCCAAGAAGUGAUGAUCGAAGAUUUGACUCAAUCCUUCGAAGACGCAGAAAAGAAGAAAGCAGAAGUUGAAGACGAGGAAGGAAAACCAGAUCCACUAACCCAAUUAGUAACCACAUUCUGUCGUGGUGCAAUGACUGAACGAUCUGGAGCUUUACAGGAAGAUCCUUUGUACAUGAGCUAUGCCUUUAUUGUCGCCAAAUCUUGUGGUGAAGAAGAAGAGGAAGGCGGUGAUGAAGAAGAAGAAGAAGGUGAAGGAGGAGCAUCAAUCCACGAACAAGAAAUGGAAAAACAGAAGCUCCUCUUCCAUCAAGCAAGGUUGGCUAACAGAGGUGUUGCUGAAAUGGUAUUGCUUCAUAUUUCUGCAUCCAAAGGUGUACCAUCAGAUAUGGUUAUGAAAACAUUAGAACUAGGUAUUGCUGUACUUCGUGGUGGUAAUAUCGAUAUACAAAUGGGUAUGUUAAAUCAUCUGAAAGAAAAGAAAGAUGUUGGGUUCUUCACUUCAAUAGCUGGUCUGAUGAACUCUUGCAGUGUACUAGAUUUAGAUGCUUUUGAAAGAAAUACCAAGGCAGAAGGUCUUGGUGUAGGUUUAGAAGGAGCAGCUGGUGAGAAGAACAUGCAUGAUGCUGAAUUUACAUGUGCUCUGUUCAGAUUUAUCCAACUUACUUGUGAAGGGCACAAUUUGGAAUGGCAAAAUUAUCUCAGAACUCAAGCUGGAAAUACAACUACUGUGAAUGUUGUUAUCUGCACGGUCGAUUACUUGCUACGACUUCAAGAAUCUAUAAUGGACUUCUACUGGCACUAUUCAAGCAAAGAGUUGAUCGAUCCAGCCGGCAAAGCCAACUUUUUCAAGGCUAUUGGUGUGGCAAGUCAAGUUUUCAACACCCUUACUGAAGUCAUCCAAGGUCCUUGUACUCAGAAUCAGCAAGCAUUGGCCCAUUCACGUCUUUGGGAUGCAGUUGGUGGUUUCUUAUUCUUAUUCUCUCAUAUGCAAGAUAAACUCUCAAAACAUUCAAGUCAAGUAGAUUUGUUGAAAGAACUGCUCAACUUGCAAAAGGAUAUGAUCACCAUGAUGUUGUCUAUGCUUGAAGGAAAUGUUGUCAAUGGUACCAUUGGUAAACAGAUGGUGGAUACUCUCGUAGAAUCCGCGUCCAAUGUAGAACUUAUAUUGAAAUAUUUCGAUAUGUUCCUUAAACUGAAAGAUUUAACAAGUGCUCCCAGUUUUAUGGAAAUUGAUCCAAAUGCCGAUGGCUGGGUGUUGCCAAAAGAUUUCAGAGACAAAAUGGAACAACAAAAGAGUUACACGCCAGAGGAAAUUGAUUUCUUGCUAAUGUGCUGUGAACAGAAUCAUGACGGAAAAAUUGACUACAUUGGAUUCUGCGAUCGAUUCCACGAGCCAGCUAAAGAAAUUGGUUUUAACUUAGCUGUAUUGUUGACUAACUUAUCAGAGCAUAUGCCAAACGAACCUAGAUUGGCACGAUUUUUGGAGACUGCUGGUUCUGUUUUAAAUUACUUCGAACCAUUCUUAGGAAGAAUUGAAAUCAUGGGAGGAUCAAAACGAAUUGAACGUGUCUACUUCGAAAUUAAGGAAUCGAAUAUCGAACAAUGGGAAAAACCACAAAUCAAGGAAUCGAAACGAGCAUUCUUCUACUCCAUUGUAAGUUCAGGUGACUUUGGUGAUGGUUCUGAAGAGGAAGAGGACGAUCCAUUGGAACUAGUGCAUGUUAAUGAAGAUUUCUUUUAUAUGGCUCAUGUUAUGAGACUGGCUGCUAUGCUCCAUAGUAUUGUUUCUUUAGCCAUGUUGAUUGCUUAUUAUCAUCUCAAGGUUCCACUUGCCAUCUUUAAACGAGAAAAAGAAAUUGCCCGUAGACUGGAAUUCGAAGGAUUGUAUAUUGCAGAACAACCUGAAGAUGAUGAUAUAAAAUCGCAUUGGGAUAAGCUUGUUAUAUCUGCCAAAUCUUUCCCAGUUAACUACUGGGACAAAUUUGUAAAAAAGAAAGUUAGGCAGAAGUACAGUGAAACUUACGAUUUUGAUUCUAUUUCCAAUUUGUUGGGCAUGGAGAAAUCUUCCUUUUCUCAGCAGGAGAGUGAAGAAGGCGGUGGUCUCAUAUAUUUCAUUUGGAACAUCGACUGGCGUUACCAAGUUUGGCAAGCCGGCGUCACCAUCACGGACAAUUCUUUCCUGUACUCAUUGUGGUACUUCACAUUCUCAAUUCUUGGCAACUUCAAUAACUUCUUUUUUGCGGCACAUUUAUUGGACGUUGCCGUCGGUUUCAAGACGCUCCGUACCAUUUUGCAAUCAGUAACGCACAACGGGAAACAGCUCGUUUUGACCGUGAUGUUGCUGACCAUCAUAGUAUAUAUUUAUACUGUAAUUGCCUUCAACUUCUUCAGAAAGUUCUAUGUACAGGAAGAAGACGAGGAAGUUGACAAAAAGUGUCAUGACAUGAUGACGUGUUUCGUGUUCCACUUGUAUAAGGGUGUGAGAGCCGGUGGUGGUAUCGGAGAUGAAAUCGAACCACCAGAUGGUGACGAUUACGAAGUGUACCGUAUCAUGUUCGAUAUUACAUUUUUCUUCUUCGUCAUUGUUAUCUUGCUGGCUAUCAUUCAAGGUUUGAUCAUCGAUGCUUUUGGUGAGCUUCGUGAUCAGCUGGAAAGCGUCAAAGAAGAUAUGGAGAGUAAUUGCUUCAUUUGUGGUAUAGGGAAGGAUUACUUUGAUAAGGUGCCGCAUGGGUUCGACACGCACGUGCAGCAGGAACAUAAUCUUGCAAAUUAUAUGUUCUUCCUGAUGCAUCUGAUCAACAAACCAGACACCGAGUACACGGGUCAAGAGACCUUUGUCUGGAACAUGUACCAACAAAGGUGCUGGGAUUUCUUCCCAGUUGGUGACUGUUUCAGGAAACAAUAUGAAGACGAACUUGGCGGUUCUGCAAGUUAAGGUUUCUUAUAAAACACCUCCAAUUAUGUGAGAGUAAUUAGUUAACAAAUUAAAUUUAAAUUUAUAUAAAAUGAAUUAAUAUUUGUGAGUGUGUGGUAAGUAAAGAAGAUUUGGUUACUGGUUAAUUCUUGGAUAACUUGACUAUUUAUUUUUUUGAUUAAUUAGAGUCAAAACAUCCAAUUAUUGACAAUGAUAUGAAUUGGUUUUAUGAAGUAAUAAAAUAACAGAAAUAUUUGGAACAAAUUAAAUUAUUUA